GCACCAGUUCCACGCCCUUGUGGACGCUUGGCAAAAAUCAACCAAGCGCGCGGCGUCGCAACGUGGUUUGAUCUUGAUCGACGUCAACCAUCGUACCUGGACAGCUUCAACCGCCCUACCAUCAGCGGUCCAUCAACACCAAUCACCAUGAGGUAGUUUGACGAAUGCGCAUCUCAUACAGCCCUCUAGACUCAGUCUUCCAUCAGAUCAUUCGCCCAAGAUGUGGAUAUUACCUCUCAUCGGAUACCUCGGGACCAUCCUGGGCUUUGCCUUCCUGACGCUGGCCAUCGCUUCGGGUCUCUACUACCUCUCCGAGCUUGUCGAGGAGCACACGGUCAUCGCCAAACGCAUCCUACAGCGAAUGAUAUACUCGAUAAUAGUCAUCCAGUUGCUUCUUUGCCUCGUGGACAAGUUCCCAUUCUUCUUGUCACUUCUGGGCGUCGUUUCCCAUGUAGUGUAUCUGGGCAACCUGCGGAGAUUUCCGUUUGUCAGGCUAUCGGACCCAUUAUUCUUGACAUCGUGCAUCCUCGUCAUUGUGAACCACUAUUUGUGGUUCCGUCAUUUCGCGGACCGCCAGCACAAUGCCUACCAGAACAUGACCUCCUACUACGACACCCCUUCUGGCGUGCCCACCUUCUCCGAGAUCGCCUCCUACUUUGGCAUCUGCGUCUGGCUGGUGCCGUUCUCGCUCUUCAUAAGCCUGUCAGCUAGCGACAACGUUUUGCCGACUAUGGGCAGUGAGACGCCCUCGAUUGGUGGCGGCAGCGAUGAGGCCAAGAGGAAAGGCCAAGGCAUGGCCAAGGCCCUGGUUGACAACAUCAUGGCCCUAUUUGCCGAAAUUGGGGCUAUGGGCGGAUCGAGACGAUCUGAUCGCAGCUUUUGAUGACUUAUGGGUGUUUAUCGUGCUAGCGUUUUUUUCUGUACUGUUUAGCUGUACCAUGAUUAUGAAAAGCCUAGAGGCCAGUUUCUGUCGACUUUCUUCAAUAAAUAGUUAUUGUCUCACUGGACUUGGGUCCCCUGACCCUGUCCAC